UGUUUUUAGCCUGUGUUCAUGUUAGCCUGCAUUUCUGUUGUCCUGCUUGAGUCUGUGUACUAUGCGUAAUAAAGUGUGUGUAGUUCUCUGUUAGCGUAUUUUGCCCACCUAGUGUGUAGUGUAGUGUGGAGAGUAUAACAUAGCUGUCUGCCUUCCAUAUUAGUUCUCUUAACACUUGAGUGCUUAGAUAAACGCCAAGACAGUAUUAUUUAAAAUAUAUAGCAAGAAACACCGAUUCACAUCAACUCUAUUUAGAAAUGUCAGUGAACACAUCACCCUCUGUGGUGUGUGUGCGCAGGCAUGGUCUCAAGGCUACCUUUCACGGGUAUAUUGCAAGGUACCUUUUCUCAGAUUAAAUUAGGGAGGGGGGCACGAUGACAAAAAAAACAGUAACGUUACUGAUUCUGGUAGUAGCAGCCCACUCCAUUUAUCGAAUUUCCAAAAGGAAUCCUAGGACACACCCGGGCACUGAAGCCUAUAUCUGCCCAUGAUGUACAAUGGAUCUCCUUGAUCAUUAAACGAGCAAUACAUCGUUUGCAACGGUUAAGUUUGCAACCCUCUCUUGCCCAGUUGUAACGCGGUUGCGAGUGCGGCUCAUCUAGCUCCGCCCACAAUAACACACGCAGCACAGGCUGCUGGAAGAAAAGGCUAACAACAAUGUGACAAUGCUGAGAGAGUGUGUGUGCUACUACUUGCGGUGUUUUAGCCAUCAAAAGGAUCAACGUGGAGGCAUGCCUUUUGCAUGCAGUCCAUAAACACGGACAAUAAUUUGCAGCUACUCCAACGCUUCAUCGGAACGGUGAUGGCGGUCUAAUUUUCGCAGGGCCCCAUUGUGUUCUUCAGUAUAAAUGGAUGACGAUAAAUAGUGGAAGCAGUUGAGGCUGAGCCGGACCGGUGGCCCGUGGGCAUGAAGUCCAGCCUGAAGCAGUGGCGGCGCCUGGCGCUGUGGCUCAUGCUGGCCUGGGUGCUGCUCUUCCUGGCACUCUUCUCCUACUUCAUGGACUCGCACGUGGAGGAGCCGCGCGCCGCCUCUGCCCUGCACGGCCACGCCGAGAGCCGGCGCCUGGCCUCCGUCGUCAGCAACCACCAGCGCGCCAUCAUGGGCUCCCCACACCUCGAGCGCCAGCCCCAGGCUCCGGCUGUCCCGAGGGCCACCUCGUCGGCCGCGAGAGUCUCCCUCGCCACCACCACCACCGCCGCCGCCGCUGCUGCUGAUGAUAAUGCCUCCAUGGAGCAGAGGCCAGGCCCCAGUCUGGAGCCAGGCGAGCCCAGCCAGGAGGAGCUGAGCCAGGAGGCCGUCUACUCCCCGGACCCACAGAGCCUGGCCGCGUGGUCGGCGUUCGGCACCCAGGACGUGGCCUCCAGGUCGGACGGCACGGGGGCGAUGCGCAGCAGGGAGAACCGCAUCCCCGAGGAGGAGGAGGAGGACGAGCAGCAGCGGCGACUGCAAGAGGAGGAACUGGCCGCAGCAGGGGAGGCUGGCGGAGAGGAGGUGGAAGAGGAGGAAGAGGAGGCGGAGGUGGUGGGGUCGAGGAGGAGGAGGAGAACCACGGCGGCCCCAGCCCACGCCGCCGGUCGCUGGGAGAACUCGGACGACCUGGAGGAGUACUACUUCUCCAAGUCCAAGUCGGUGGUGCAGCGCCUGUGGCAGGGCCGCGUGUCCGCCGGCAUGCUCAGCCCACGCCUGCAGAAGGCCAUGAAAGACUACCUGGGCGCCAACAAGCACCGCGUGGCCUACAGUGGCCCGCGGCAGGCACAGCGCAGUGCCAAGCAGCUCCUGUGCCAACUCAAGCGACACGUGCGCGUGCAAACGCUCGACGGCUCCGAGCCGCCCUUCUCCAGCCUGGGCUGGCGCUCGCUGGUGCCCGGCCGCUCCCUGGAGCGCCUGUACGGCUCGGGCUUCGGCUCCUGUGCCGUGGUCACCUCCGCCGGGGCCAUCCUCCACUCAGGCCUGGGCAAAGAGAUCGAUUCCCAUGAUGCCGUUCUGCGGUUUAACGCUGCCCCCUCAGAAGGCUACGAGCGAGACGUGGGGAACAAAACCACUAUACGAAUCAUCAAUUCACAGAUCCUUGCCAACCCCAAGCAUCACUUUAACAGCAGCUCGCUGUACAAGAAUGUCACGCUGGUGGCUUGGGACCCCGCCCCAUAUGCAGUCAAUCUACACAAGUGGUAUAUGAGCCCAGACUACAACCUGUUCUCGCCGUACGUGGAGCACCGGAAACGCUUCCCCGCACAGCCCUUCUACAUCCUGCAUCCCCGCUUCAUCUGGCAGCUGUGGGAUGUGAUCCAAGGCAACACCCUGGAGAACAUCCAGCCCAACCCUCCCUCCUCCGGCUUCAUCGGCAUCCUCGUGAUGAUGGCGCUGUGUGAGGAGGUCCAUGUGUAUGAGUACAUCCCAUCGGUGCGCCAGACGGACCUGUGCCACUACCACGAGCGCUACUUCGAUGCCGCCUGCACGCUCGGCGCCUACCACCCACUGCUCUACGAGAAGAUGCUGGUGCAGCGCAUCAACACCGGCCCCGCACGCGACCUCAGGACAAAGGGCAAGGUCACACUCCCCGGAUUCAGCACCGUCCAGUGUGACCCCUGAACUCUUUGGCUUUGUAUGCUUCCUGGUCAAAUCUUUCUUUUUUUAAUUUUUUUUUUUUUUAAACGCCAUCCCUCUCUGCCAGACACAAGGAAUAGAGAGAUGUUUUAAAUGAGGUGCAAUACCCGACCACAAGAAGUGGAGGGACUCUUCGAGACAGAGAUUAGGCUAAUGACAGGGACUAUGACAUCCGCUGACUUGAAAGGCAGAGAGAAAUGGAAUGGUCUGCUUCCACAUGAAGGACGUAGGUAGUAAUUUUUUCCUUACUGGUUACAUCUACUGAACUGAUCAGGGAAGGGGAAGUGAAACUUUCAUUUUAGGUUAGCAAUAGAGUUGUGGUUAAGCAAGUGUUUUGUUCCUUAAUUUGGUGUUUUGCUGUUGUGUCUGUGUCCUGUGAGAUUGAACGGAUUAAGGGUUUGUGAUGACCAAAGGCAGCAUACCACAGCUGAUAAGUCUGAUAUUGUUGCUCAGACCUGUCCUCAAAUAGAGUCUGGUUACCACGGUGUGCCAGGGAUGGGCAUUUGUGGUAUUUCAAACUGAAUGUCUCAGCAACACACACACACACACACACACACACUACACAAUGCUUUGAGCAAAAAAUAUGGAACUUGCCAGAGGCCUCCUAACAAAGUCUUACAUAAGACUGCAGCCUGAUACAUUUCAUCUUUUGUUGUACCUGCCACAUAGGCUGUGUCUUUUAAAAUACAUGCACAAUCUCCAUGUCUGAUAGCUCACUGACUUGCAGAAGGGUCAGAGUGAAUUAUGGCCGCCUUGGUUUGAAAGUGCAGCUGGCCAUCUUCCAGCUGGUUAAGAUAGCGCUUUGUGUGAAUUGUAGUCUAGUCAAUUUAGAGAGACACAUAUGUGUGUGUGAGAGCAAGGGUGAAACGUCUCGAGACUUUGGUGACCACAACCCUGUCCUAAAAAUCAAUCAAGACAGGUUCCUCUGUUGACUUAAAACAAGGUUUUGUGAACUUUGCUAAUAUGUUAUGAAGGCUCACAAGCAAUUGUAUGUCUUGUUAUAUUGAAAAUUGCAAUUGGAACGAUAGGAUUCUCUUUCACUGAAUGUCCUCCAUGAGUGAUGUAAAUAUUUUUAAAAAAUAGUGUAAAGCUUAAGUCUACCCAUCCACCUGAAGUGUUAUCAGUGUACUGUGAAGUGUCUGCCUCUGAGGAAAGCUGUAUUUGUUUGUAGGUGUUUGGAGAUAGGAGGGGGGGAUCAAGUGGAUUUUUUUUGUAUUGCAGAUGUAUAUAACAGUUCUUGUAAGCCUUCACUCAGGUGUACAAAUCACAGCACAGCUCAACCUUGAUUAUGACGUGCCAGAUGUUUUCUUCCCCCUUUUCCUCACAAUCACCCCUUUUUGAAAAAAGAAGAGGUGGGGCUGACAAUAAAAACAGUAGAGAAAUCUUCAGCCUUCCUAUGUGCCCUGGCCGAACCAGUGCCUGUGCCACAUGGCGUUUUCCACCUGAGGUUGGAUCAGGUGUGUUCAGUGAGAAGGCACCGACACCAGCUUUACUAAUGUAGUUAUGUUUUUGGUUUGUUUGUUUGUUUUUUUAAAAAUGAGACACGUUUUACAUUACAAUACAAUGGUCAUGUGCACUUCAGUGAAAUUUUGUUUUGAUUGAAUGAAAUGAUUGAAACGGUUUGGAGCUGCUGCGUGACACCUAAACCUCCGCUGCUAUGCAGCUACCGCUGAGAGGGGACACGCCAGAGGGGACACGCAAGAGGGGUUGAUGUCGAAAUUGGUGUCCCGUGAAAACAAUGCAAAGUCAUUACAGAAAGUCCUGUAUAUCACUUACUGACAUUUUCGUAGACUGCUAAUUGUAACUUAGUAGCAAAUACCUGUAACCGCAUACAUAGGCUUUUUAUACAAAUUUCAGCAAUGAUCACCUUACAGAACCCAGUCAUUAACUCAGAUUUAGGAAGUUUAGCAUAAGUGAAAGUUCAGAUAAGAGAUCUCUUAAAGAUGUACUCCAAACUGUUUUGUAGGUAAUACAAAUUUGGAUGUGUGUUUUGAGACUUAAGAAGUUACCAAUUAAAUUGCUGGGUUUUUUUUCUCCCAUUAAUGUUAAUAGCAUUGUUGUGAUGGAUAAAACAACGUUUUGUAAGAAAAGAAGGAAAAAAAAGAAGAAAAGAAAAAAAUGAAAUUCAUUGAAUUCAUAAUCAUAGUAUAAUGCAGAGAGCAUGCAAUUGUUAGGAAGGGGGUUUAAAGUAACUUCUCGAUCAGUGUUCUUGCUGUGUGGAAACAUAAUCUUAUUGUAGAAGUACUUUCACAUGACAAACCUUAAAGUGGCCAGACAAGGCAUAGAAUCCACAUCACGGCUUCCACAGAACCAUUACCCAACUAGGGUAGCACUGUGCCUUACAGUGCCUCAUGCGUUUUAUUAUCAGCUGUGUCUUCACACUGGGUCCUGGGUCUAAUUUUUUUCUAUCUGUUUGCCACAUUCGGACUCAACUGACACCGGGUAAACUGCUGUUGGGUUUGCCGCAUUUUCAAAACCGAUUGUAGCACAGGACAGCUACGAGACUUCAUCAAACCAGGAUGCAUUGCACUAGAUCGGAUAACAGUUGAUCCUCCGAAUCUCCUUGGAGAUUUCCCUUUCUGGACAGGACAAGGGAUGUAGCUCCAGACAUACAGCCAGAAACACACUUUAUCAAACCCAAUGCCUCUAGGCAGAGCGAUGGCGAUGAAAUCCUGAUACUGUGCCAAAUCGAUUAUUUUGAUCAGCUGUUUUGUUUUGCAGUGAAUAAGGUGCUGUGAUACUGUAGUGGCUUGGGCCAACUGCCAGCUGUGGAACACUUGUGAGCUCAUGAAGAGGUGACACGUGGAAGGUCACUGCCCAUGUUGGCCAUUGUAUCUACAUCUUAUGUACAGGUCUCUCUGUCUCUCUCUCUCACACUGUCUUUCUCUCUCUCUCUCUCAGCACCACUUAGCCUUUGAAAAUUAUUUUCCUUAAAGUUUCUUUAAACUUCCUUAAACUUUCUUUUCCUGAGCUUACAUGUUGAUGAAACAAAUACAAGGCAGUCCACACUGUAAAGCCAUGGCAUCUUCUGUUGAUGUUGUUGUUUUGUUUGAUUGAUGAACUUCUCUUUUGUUAGACUUGAAUCAGUUUGUAAUUAAUCAUUUUCAGGGCUUUGAUUUUUCUUCGUUCCUGAUGAUGUUUGUGUAUUUGUUUGUUGUUUUAUAUUAUGUAAAUAAAGGGAUUGCACAUUGAAAA